AUUAGUGAAGACCUGAAAAAUGAAUUGGCAAAUGACCUGUGUGCGUCAACCCCUGGCUUCAGUGUGACUAAAGUAAAAGAACUAAUGUUCUAUAAGGUUGGACUUGCAGAUGCUGUGGACCUGUUUAGAGCCAGAAAAGUGUUUAUUAAAGAUGGCUUUGCAUAUGUGCCACUUACGGAAAUUGGGGCGAUUGUUUUGAAUAACUAUAGAACAAAGUUAUCCAAAGCACUGGCGCUGACAGCACGAUCGCUGCCUUCCAUACAGUCUGAUGAGAGACUACAACCUCUGCUUAAUCAUCUCAGCCAUUCUUACAUUGGCCCAGAUUACAGUGUGCAAAAGAACACUGGAAAAAUUUCUCUAGAACAGAUCGAUUCUCUUUCUCUGAAAUCAUUCCCUCUCUGCAUGCGCCAGUUGCACAAAGCCCUACGUGAUAACCAUCAUCUCCGUCAUGGAGGCCGUAUGCAAUAUGGACUGUUCUUAAAAGGCAUUGGCUUGACUCUGGAACAGGCACUGGAAUUUUGGAAGAAAGAAUUUAUCAGAGGAAAAGUGGAUGCAGACAAG